GCCCGGCUCGGCGCGGCGCUGAGGAGCGGAGCGGCCGCGAUGGGCGCCUCGGCGGCGGCGGCGGAGCGGCGGAGGCGGCGGCGUCGCGGGGAGCUGCUGCGGGGGCAGCUGGGCGCGCUGGCCGCCCUGGCCCUGCUGCUGGCCGGCCGCGGCGGUUACGAGGCUUUGAGCUAUUCUGUGGAAAAUGAUGGCAAGUGGAGCGGGAGACAGCUACUGCAAGCAAAUGAGGACAACACGACGGAAGGCCCAGGGGACGGGGGGAAGCUGUAUGUCAGAAAUUGCACUGAACCAGCUCUCCAUGAAUUCCCCAAUGACAUCUUCACGAACGAGGACAGGAGGCAUGGAGCUGUCAUCCUGCAUGUCAUUUGUGCCAUGUAUAUGUUUUAUGCUUUGGCAAUUGUCUGCGACGAUUUCUUUGUCCCUUCAUUGGAAAAGAUCUGUGAACGCUUGCAUCUUAGUGAAGAUGUGGCUGGGGCGACUUUCAUGGCAGCUGGAAGCUCUGCUCCGGAGUUGUUUACAUCUGUCAUAGGUGUUUUUAUCACAAAAGGAGACGUAGGCGUUGGAACCAUCGUAGGCUCUGCUGUAUUUAACAUUCUCUGUAUUAUUGGUGUGUGUGGGCUGUUUGCAGGACAGGUUGUUGCACUGUCAUCAUGGAGUCUCUUGAGAGAUUCAAUCUACUAUACACUGUCUGUUGUUGCACUCAUUGUGUUCAUUUACGACGAAAAGGUUUCCUGGUGGGAGUCCUUGGUCUUGGUGCUGAUGUAUGCCAUCUACAUCGUUAUCAUGAAGUACAACUCUACCAUUCAACACUGCUUGGAAAGGAAGACAAAGAAUGCUGCAAACAUGGUGAACGGAUUGGCAAAUAACACAGAAAUGGAUGAUAACAGCAACUGCGAUGCCACAGUGGUGUUACUAAAGAAAGGUAACUGUUCCAGGAAUUUCCACCGUAAAGCCUCAGUGAUCAUGGUGGAUGAGCUGCUGUCUGCUUACCCACACCAGCUUUCAUUUUCUGAGGCUGGGCUCCGGAUCAUGAUAACCAGCCACUUUCCUCCCAAAACACGUCUCUCCAUGGCCAGCCGUAUGCUAAUCAAUGAGAGACAAAGACUGAUCAACAGCAGGACUUACACCAAUGGUGAAUCAGAAGUAGCAAUUAAAAUACCUAUCAAGCACGUUGUGGAGAAUGGAACAGGUCCAAGCAACUCAUCUGAGCGGGGCGUGAACGGCACACGGCGAGAUGAGGAUGUGGCUGAGGCUGGCAAUGAGACAGAGAAUGAGAAUGAGGAUAAUGAGAACAAUGAAAAUGAUGAGGAAGAGGAAGAAGAUGAUGACGAUGAUGACCACGAAGGGCCAUACACACCUUUUGACCUACCCACUGGCAAAAUGGAAAUCUUGAAGUGGCUCUUCACAUGGCCAUUGAGCUUUGUGCUCUAUUUCACAGUGCCCAACUGUAACAAGCCCCACUUGGAGAAAUGGUUCAUGGUUACCUUUGCUUCUUCUACCCUCUGGAUUGCAGCUUUCUCCUACAUGAUGGUGUGGAUGGUGACAAUCAUUGGCUACACACUGGGAAUUCCAGAUGUGAUAAUGGGCAUCACUUUCUUGGCAGCAGGAACCAGCGUGCCAGACUGCAUGGCAAGCCUUAUUGUAGCAAGGCAAGGUAUGGGGGAUAUGGCCGUGUCCAACUCCAUUGGAAGCAAUGUUUUUGAUAUUUUAAUUGGCCUAGGCCUCCCGUGGGCUUUGCAGACCCUAGCGGUGAAUUAUGGAUCAUACAUUCGGUUAAACAGCAGAGGACUCAUCUAUUCUGUUGGUCUCCUGCUGGCAUCUGUUUUUGUCACAGUUUUCGGCGUGCACAUGAACAAAUGGAAACUGGAUAAGAAGCUAGGGUGCGUGUGCCUUUCCCUGUAUGGCAUCUUCCUGUGUUUCUCCAUCAUGACAGAAUUCAAUGUCUUCACUUUUGUGAACUUGCCCAUGUGCAGAGAUCACUAACGCACGUUGCAGACUGUCAGGAGGAACGUCCUUCUUACCUGUGCAAUACAAACCACGGCUGGCAUCUCCUGAAUGCGGUGCACCUCCAAGUCGUGAAGUAUAUCCUGUCCAUAGGACCUGUGGCCCCAUCUCGGUUUACCCUCUCCCCGACCCCCACAACCUGGAAGAAUCCUGCAUCGAUGUGAAAAUGAUUUUUUUUGUUUGUUUUUUUUUUUCAACAUUCAUGUGAUUUCUUAGCUCAGUUUUUGGACAGUGACUGGUCUCUAGAUGAACUGGCUGCUAACUGGCAUCGAGCCAGGCAAAACUGGUCUGCUACAAUUCCUUUUUUAAGUUAUUUGGUGGAAGACUAAUCUAAUUUAUGACUUAAGACUAUUGCUACAAUGCAGAAGAGGGUACAUCGUACAGGGGCUGAUUUUCGAGGAGAAUUCUGGGAUUUUUUUGGUUGUGUUCUUUUUUUGUUCUUGUUGUUGUUGUUGUUGUUUGUUUUGGUUGUGGUUUUUUUUAUUGCCUGAGAUCAACAUCCUGUGUUGCAGCUUCUCCCUCUGAGCUCGGGGUCUCCUGUAAUGAUCCAAAAGUCACAGGGCAGUGUAAUAUGGGAAUUUAAUUCAAGGCACUCAGCGUAUGAGUGGAUUUACUGCUUAUUAAAAGAAGACUGUCAAGGCAACAGACAGUGACUGCACCGUUAAUAAUGAAUCCUGUACAGGUGUGAUGAGGAAUGGAAGGUAAACAUGGAUUUAAAGGAUAAACACUGCUCCCGUCUUACUAUUAACGUCGGCGUUUUAUUAAUAGGGUGUUUGUGGUAUUUCCAAGCAAUAGUUUGAUUGCCAGCCCAGGAGGGCUGCCGAGGAGAUGUCCUGUUUUUCUGUCAUCUACACCUGGAAACGGAAGGUCAGAACUUUAUUUGCUUCAUCAGAUUUCUUGUAGUUUUGGGGGGAUUCUAUAGUUCACGUCUUAUUUGUUCUGAGGACAUCAGUACAUGUCAAAACUUUUCUAAAUGAGUUACAGACACUGGUUUCUUUAAAAGGAAAGAGGCAUAUUUUGCACAGACAUAGUUACUGAAGUCAUUGUUUGCCACUCUUUAAAGAAUACACUGGACCUGGCCAGAUGUUUGUCUUUUUCUUAAACAGUUGAACUUCUCUGAUGGCAGAUCGUGUGGAUUCAUCACACCUCCUCCGGGAGGGAAGAAGAUGGAGAGAGAGAUGGCACUUUUAACAUGUGUAAUAUCUACAACGCAGACUCGCUCACAGAUCUUAAGUUAUUGUGAAAAUUUAGCUUUUCAUUGUUCCAGUAUCCUUGCUAGAUUUUGUAUAAUUCUGUAUUAAUACACAGGCAGAUUCGACCCCAUCAGGAACGCUGUCACAGCUCCAUUUGUUUGUAUUGAUACUGUGGAUUCUUGCCAGCGCUGGCUGUUGUAUUUACUUUAAGCACUGAUCACUUCUGAUUUUUUCCCCGUUCUUGUAUAUGUUCUACUACAAGUGUGUUAAUAUAAUACCAACCAGAUGAAUGUUUUUGUCUAUGGUACAAGCAAUGGCAAAUAUUGGUAAUAAAGGCAUAGCGAACCCUAGGUUUUAAAAAACACAAAACAAAACCGUAGAACCCUCCUAAACCUUAGCAAGAAAAAAAGACCUUAAAGCUAAACUUAAAAAAACAAAGUCCUAUGCACAAAGAUAAAUCCAUUUAUCAGUUUAUUUUCACUUUUGGACGUUUGCUUUUGCUUGCUUUUCUUUGGACAGAACGAUGUCGAUCAAAACACUUACACCCUGUGGCUUCCAUUCAGCUCCGCACCUCCUUUUCUUUCUUGGUUACGCUAAAUGCGCGGAUCCUUUGGCAGCCAUUGCACUGUGCCCAUUGGAGAAGUCCAUCGGAAAAAGCCAUGACCUGCUGGCCUCAGCAAAUAAAGCAUACUUGUGGAUCCCUGGCAAGAAGAUGGGUGGGCCCAGGGACAGAGAACAGAGCCGUUGGCAUGCCUGUGUUAUCGUUACUCAUUCUGGAAUAGUUGUCUUGCUACCAGUUGUUGGAGCAGUCUUCUCAUAACUGUGCCCACGUUAGGAAGCCCGUUGUACCUUCUUGUUGCUUUUAUUUUGUGGUCGUUUCUUUCCUUCUUUGUUAAUGAGAUCAAUAAUAACCACUAAAACGCCUAAAAUACUUCCUUAAAUCAAACAAUGUUAGCAGUGAUGUGGCACAUUUCAAUAAAAUCCACCCCACGAAUACACAGCUAUACUCCUUGUAGCAAGAUGCAGUUGUUUGGAAGCAGAGUGUUUUCCUUGCUGACUGAAGGAACAGAUUUGGGGGAAAACAAAACAAAAGUUCCACGUCAGGGCCUAUAGGGCCUGUUAUUACUUCUAUUUUGAGUAUUUAUACUGCUGCUCCAAUGGAGCCAGUUGGAUCUAUUUCUACGAAAUAGCUGUUACCUAUCCCACGGCACGAAAACCGCAGGAGUAUUUUUUUAGGAGCCUUUCCUACUGGUGUGCAUUAAAUACUGUAGAGUAUCAUAGCUUUGCAUUGCACGUGAAACCUGACAUUUGUUCUAAAGCUUGUGCAUUGAGCAGGAAUAUUCUGCCAGUUGUUUGCUCUGAGCAGAAGCAGAAGGUGUGCUGAACUGCCAGGAUCUGUGCCAUGUACGGCGCAAGAAGUACUUCCUAUGCUGAUAGCUCCAGUGAGACGCGCUUACGAUUUGCAACCAGAUCAACCAGUGCAGACCUGGUUUGGAACAGAAAAGACCAACUGAAUGUUUUUGUCUCCAAAAGGGAGAGCCUGUCGAGUCUGUUAGCUUGUGGAAAAGUCCCCAAAGCAAAAACUUCAGCAGUUUUUUUAGCAUCCACCCAGAACUCAGACAGUUCUACUGAAACGUAGGGUGUGUUUCGGCUUUUCUUGAUGGAGCCGAGGGGCUGUUUCCCUCCCAGGCUGCAGGUUGUGUGGGGGAGGCUGCCGCUAGGCCUUGCCUUCAUGCUGAGCAAGGCCACAGGCCCACAGCGGCACAGAGCACCGCACUGACUGCCCAUGUGGGGCAGGGAGGUUAUGGGGUGCCUGGCAGCAGUGCCGUGGGCCUGGGGCACUGGGCUUAGGUGUGGGUCGGAGCACAGCCGUGAUUCGGGUUCACUUUUUGCUCUUCCAAAAGCAAGGGUCAGCUUUAAGCUUGAGGCUGCUCUGGUCUUGGGACCGGUCAGAUGUUCCUGGUUCCAUUCCUGGCAGUUUCAGGCAAUCCUUAAUGAAUGUUUUGAAGGGAGAUGAAAGCCUUCUCCUCAGCUCGCUCCAACCCGGUGGUGUCUCAGCUGGUGUAAAAAUGUCAUCCCUGGUGAGCAGCAGCUCUGCUCAGUGUGACGUAGCCUUCCUUCCACAGUGGUUCAAAGGUAGAAACACACAGGGAGGUCUGAAGGCACGCUGCAAGAACUGUUUUUGUCCCUACCAAAGCUGAAUUAUUAGCAUUUUUUUUCUUUUUUGACACGCUGCACUUUUUGGUAGAUUGUUACUGCUGUAGGAGCACUGAUCUGAAGCGUGUGCAUGAGAAGAGAUUUUCACUGAUGUAAUUGGUGUUUUGGUUUGUUUUUUUUCCCUCUGUGUUUACACUUGCCUGCCUUGUUUCCAGCUUCCUGUCCACAGCCCCGUCACUGAAAUUAAUUCGCAUGCUUUGGAUUUGUGAUGUUUGUGCCUGUGAAAACCAACACUCAUCCUUAACAUUCAGAUGCAUGACUGGCUUAUUGUUUUAUCUUAAAUCAAGAACAAGCAAUCUAGCUUUAGAACGGCAGCAUUCCGUGUUGCUGGAGCAACCUGAGGGUAACAUUUACAAUUCUGCAAUUUUUAUGUGAUUUUUCCAAAUAAUCACAUUAAUGCUUAUAAGACACGAUGCAGACUGAAUAUGGUUGGAUAGCUUUUGAGAGAACGGUAGCUUUCUGCUGACUGACAAAUGUUUCUUAUUUAAGUUUUUUGGAAAGCCCUAAUACCUUUAAAUUAAGCUUGCAGUAGUGUCAGCUCUAUCUGUUUCAAAGUUUCAGUACUGGAAAUUUAAAGCCGUUUAAAUACGUACUUUAAAACUCAGUCUCAAUGGACACCGCUUAGCUGGAUUUAAAGCUGCUCUGUAUUCAUGGCACUGAACUUGGUUAGUAACCAAUGUAGGUUGUGCUAAAACAGAGUUAAGCCCAGGGACGUCUGCCCAUGUUAUGUUUUGUACAGAUUUAACCACAUCAGUUCAAAGCCAUGUUUUUGAGGAACAUAUACACAAAACCUCAGCCACUUUUCUUCAAAUUAGAGAAGUGUCCCAAGUAUGAUGCAAGCCUUAAAGUAAGAUUGAGUGACAAUUGACUUCUACUGAAAGUAGCAACAGAACUCCAAUGAUUUAUUUCAGGGUCAAUAUACAUAUCCACAGCAGUAAGUCCUGAAAAGGACUGUUGUUCUGUGUCUUUGUAAAGAUGAAUGAACUCUUUAUUUUCUUUUCGGAAUAGAUGAAUGAAUACCUGUUAAUGGCUGGACAUCUCUAAGGAGAUUUAUGUGAAUAUUCUUUUCACAGCAAGCCCUUAACGGCCUCACAUUUGAAGCAUGUUUUGUAGGUGCAUCUACUCCCACACAACCUGCUCUGACUUGUUGGACUGAAUCUCCAGAAUCCAUAUCAGGUGUGGGCAAAUCCAUGCCUUAUGGAAAAGUUUCCUUUACUCACAGGGAAGCAAUCAGGGAAGACAGUAGCAAUUUCUUUCAUUGCACACCAGCAGAUAAAAUUUGGUUUUAAAAUCUAUUGUUUACCACCCUGAAAUCAGCCUGAGAUCGUGGCCAAGUUAUCUAAGCUGAAUAUCCCUGGUGAAGGGACCAGAAAACAAGACGUAGAGGGAACGUUUAAGGGAGCUGGGAUUGUUUUGUCUGGGCAAAAGGAGAGUGAGGGGAGAUCUCACUGCUCUUUGCAGCUACCUGAAAGGAGGUUGUAGAGGGCUCACUUCUCAGGUGACAGAUGGUAGGACAUGGGGAAACAGACUCAACUUGUGGCAGGUGAGGUUUAGAUUAGACACCAUGCAAAAGGUGGUGAGGCGUUGGAACAGGCUACUUGGAGGUGGAGUCACCAUCCCUGGAGGUGUGUAAGAGAUGUGCACACAUGGUGCUUAGGUACGUGGUUUAGCUGCAGACUUGGUAAUGUUAGAUGAUGGUUGGAUUUGAUCACCUUCUGUGUCUUUUCCAACCUAAAUGAUUCUAUGAAAUGGUUGUGGUUUAACCCAGCAAGCAGCUAAACGCCACUCAGCCUCUCCCUCAUCCCCUGCCUCCCAGUGGGAUGGCCGAAUUCCAGCCAGUCCCUGAGCAGUGGCUGCCCCCGGCCAGCUCCUCUGAUGCCAUAUGGUGUGGAAUAUCCCUUUGGCCAGUCUAGGUCAGCCGUCCUGGUUCUGUCCCGUUCUGCCCUCCAGCCUCCUUGCUGACAGGACAGUACUGAAAAACUGAAAUACCUGUGGCUCUGUACAGCUCUGCUCAGCAACAAGUAAACCUCAGUGUGUUACCAGGAUUGUUUUUCUUCUAAAACCAAAUCAGCACCAUACCAGACACUAUGAAGAAAAUCAACUCUGUCCCAGCUGAAACCAGGACAGAAACUAGGGCAGAAGCAUCUAAUUUCAGGGAAGCCUCUUAAAAAGCACAACUUGUUAGCUUUAGCUCCAGAUUUUGUAAUGUAUUUAUAUAAUUAAAUUUAUCGUGGUGUAUUUCAGGUAAUUUUUAUUUUACUUUUUCUGAUAGCCUUGCAGAACAAGUUUGGUUUUUUUUUUUUUUUACUUCCACACCAAAAGAAUCUGACAGAAAUCCUGUCAAUGUAAUCUUCAUUCAUCAGGUAGAGUUUAAAUGGUGCCAGAAAUCGGCAUAGGAAUUUUAUAUCAACAGUUUCACAUCACCUUUUUCUUGCCAGUUGCGGGAAACGAAGCAUAAUGGUGCGUGCCUGAGCCUGUGAGGACAGUGGUAGCUGAUUAUGGAUUAAUUCAGGUAUUGAGCUUUUGCCUUUGAGGUUUCCCAUCAGCACGUCUGGCAGAUAAGGCAGGCAGCUUGGCAUCCCAGCAAAGUAAUUCCCACUGCUGGAUGUUUCGUUGAUCUGAUCUCAUUGUAUAAUGAAAGAAGGGGCCUGCUGGUACCCCCCUUUGUCGCUGAAAUUCCAGAGCCCUGCUUAACUUGAAGCUCAUACUUUGUGCAGAAGUCUGUGUAUUGAAAGAUAAGCACACGCUGAAGUGUCUUAAUGCAAAGUUCAUUUUAAUGAAUCCAGCUCUUUGGCAUCACCGUUAAGUGCUCAGCAAAAGCAGCACUUACUCAGAGUGAAGGCUCUCAUCAGGAGCAGCUGCAGCAAAACGUUCCCAUUUGAAGAGGAGGGUGAAAUUGUGUGUGAUUAAUGAGCAGAUAAGUCUGAUGAGGAGGACCUGUAUCAAACGUGCCUUGGAUUAAAAUAAAGAAGGUGACUUUGAAAAGUCUGUAAAACUUUUAUAAACAGUUCACUGGCUGGUUGCCUCUGAGAUUUUUAUUACUGAUGCAGUUCAGGAAAAUAGAUCUGGGGGCACAAAGACUGGUUGCCUCCAGGACCUUCCUAUGUGGACAGAGUUGUGCUAUUGACUACUCUGAAGCCGGCAGUUGGAAUUAAGUUGGAAACUGUGUUGCAAAAGCAUGCUUUAUAUCCUGACUUUGAGUCCUGCUCAAAGUCAAAACAACAGGGGUUUGUUUAAGGAGAGCAGUUAUUUGGGAGGGCACAUCUGUCUGGGACCAAGACGCUGUGUGUGGGAGGACUUCUGAUAGAGAUGAGAUGCACAGAUACUGUAUAAACGUUAGGAGGUUGGGAUGAAGUCUUUUUCAAAGGUAGGCACUCCUGUAUAGCCAACAGCCUGCUAGUUUCCUUCGGAUUUUGUCGUGCUCCUUUUGUUACAAGGAUUCAGGACUUUGCUUCCACUCUGAAAAGUUGAAACCCUCUGCCUUUGAAGCUGACCCAUGCCCUCCCUCCCUAACACAGAAUUUGUACCCUGGGCUAAUAGAAAUAGGGUGUAUUUGACCUGGUAAAUUGAUGGGAGAAAAUGCAAGGAGAUCUUUGUGUGGCACAUUGAUCUCAAACCACCAGACUGCAAAGCCUAUGGUCUCCCUUAAAAUAUCCCACACCACCAAAAUAACCAAAUAAUGGGGCAGGGGAAGACUUUUAAUAGGAUGUCUUUUAAAAGGCUCUUCAAAGGGAGUUGUGUGUGUGUGAGAGAGGAUAUUGUGUAUCUUCACUGCCCUCAUUACUUACUCGCUUGUAAAUAUACUGUGUACUCACUCUGUCUGCUGCAAAAAUGAAUGAAAUGGAUACAGCCCUGUUCGGUUUUUGUUGUGGAGCGACACUCAUCAUGCAAUAAACAUAAUUGAUCUGAGUAGGUGGUUACAUGUAGGUCGCUCUGAAAGUAAUGCUUCCUAUUUAUUCCUGUGGAAACUAUAACAGAUACAAAGAGCACGGUAGCACUGUUUGAUAGAGCACAUUCUCAGCUACAAAAUGCUAUUUUUCAACAUUGUGACCACCAUUAGCUGUGCGUUUUCACCAGCAAUGAACAACAGCCUGCAGACCAUACCUAUAAAAGUCUGUACCAGUGGAGGUGACCACUGUCGCUGUCAGCAGUGCUGAAACACACCACCCACCCCUCACUGUGCUCACAGCCACUGUUUGCACACCAUCAGCAUUCAGGAAGUGUUGAUGAAUGUCAGUGGUGCCAUUUUUUCCACAUGGAGGAAUUCAGUGACACACCUUGGCUUCAUCCAUGCUUCCAUGCCAGAUACCGCUCUGUCAGACUGCCCCUCUGCUGCCAUCAGUCACACAGCAACAACAUGCAAUGGGAUAUUGGGAAGGUUCAGCCUGCACUGCCAUUCCACCAACAUCCGCCUGUGAUAUCAUGGGACAGCAUAAUGAAAUAGGAGGCAUUACUUUCAGAGCAACCUUCAUAGAUAUGGCCUGGGUGUGUUUUAUGGAGCCAAACCACAGCAUACUGUUUUUGUUAAAAGAUUCGGCCAUAAGUUCAUAUAAUUUUUAUUGGUGGAAUUUGGGCCCCUUUUUUUUCUAAUGUAUAAACAUAGAUGUCUAUUCAAGUAGCCAAUAUAUAUAUAUACUAUAUCUAGGACGUCUGCCAUUGUUAAAAUGAAGCCCUGUGGACACUGUCUGCCAUUUCUGUGGGAAUAAAGCCCUACCAUGGCAGCUGCUAAGAUGCUAAAUGAUACUCAUACGUAUCUUUUUAUAAGUACAAGAUGAGUUUUGAGUUGUUUCCACGUUGUAUUAACAAGGUACUGCUAAUGGUGUACAUCUAUAAUUCAGCAGGUCAGAAGCUUGACCAGCAUAUAGCUGUGCAUUCAGACAUAUUUCCAAUUGCAGUUAUUUUUCAUCAUUUGAAGUUCCAGUUGCAUAUUCUGAAUGUAAGGAUAGGUUUAAAAAAUAAUUAAAAAGAAGAGAUAUUGAGGUCAGGAAAUUCUGCACUGAGGUAUUUAUGCAUCUUCUUUAUUGAUUUAUCUUUCGGUAAGAGUUGAGCCUCUGGUUCAAUAAUGUGUUUCCCUGUGUUGGCAUAAUUAGUAAAAAUAAGUAAAAAACUAGUAAAAAUCCAAUGUCAGUCCUCACCUAAAGCUAAAGCAAGGAUCUCCCUCUUGAAAUCCUCCAGGCAGAUGAGCCCAGCACUCGCAAAUGUGAUACAGCUGUGUUUCCGCUGUGCUGCUUUGCUUUCAGGUAGGUCAGUUGAUCUCAAUCGUAGAAGAAUAUAUCAUGUAUCAUUGCCUUCCGUGUGAAUUACAGUUGGGCUCAGAGCUGGGAAAUGAAAGAGCAGUGGUGGAGUCGUUUUUGGUGGUAUCUCCUAACAACUCGUGGAUGUCUUAGAUUAGAAAAUAAACAAUUAGAAGAUAAAGGCUCACUGCAUGAAGUAUUGCAUAAGUUUUUCAUAAAUAUUCCUAUCAUUGUCAAGAUUUGCAUAAAAUGAACUUCCACAUGUUGUCAAGGAGAAGUCUGAGUUCCUCCUGGAUUUUCAGGAAAAAUUUCUUUACUUUCAGUAAUUCCUACUGGUGAGUCAAAACGUCUGAGUGUAACAUAUCUCUAUUUCAACUUUGUAUUAUGAAAUUACACCAUGCUUAGGACAAAUGAGCAAGUACAGAGCUUGAGCUACUGCUGACUACAGUGAAUUCUUGACAGAAGCCAAAGCAGGGACUUUGUGGAAUAACUUGGUUCUUAAGGGCUUUUCUACAUGCACAGCAAGCAAAGGACACAAAGCAUGAAUCUGUAUUUAUACAGCACAAGUGGAGAGCAAGUGUGAAUAAGAGUGCUAUGGCAUCACAGAAAGCUGGUUAAUGUUUAACGGGGAUGCUGACAAGCUUUGCAGAGGUUCAUAGGUAGAAUCAUUGAGGUUGGAAGAGACCACUGAGAUCAUCUAGUCCAACCAUCAGCCCAUUGAGGCUGCAUUUAUGUGGGGCUUUGUGUGGAUACUGUUUAUCUUUACAACUCCUGUCUUCCUGAUGAAAGGUGUUUCUUCCCAGUGAGAAACACAGCACCCUUUUAUCAGGGCGAAGGGAAGAGAUACACAAGGAAUAACAUCCCUCACUCAGUACUUACCCUCACUACACAAGUGUGCAUUUUAUCUUUUCCAUUAAUGCUUGGGUGAACUUGCCAGUAAGAGCCUAUGUGCCUGAGAGAGGGAACAAAUUUUGCUUCUUUUUCCCUUGAGGAAUAGUUUCAUUUCAUUGCCUCUCCUUGUAAAGCUGGGAGUCAUUACCAGGCCCCUGGCGCAGAUAGCGUUUGCAAAAGAUGAUCAAAGGAAUUAUAAAUUAUCCUUACAUUCAAUGUUUGGAGACUUAAACCAAAGUAGGAAGAUGUUUCUGGUUAUUUUUUUGUUUGGUUUGGGGGUUUUUUGUUCUUUGGGUUUCUUUGCUGCUGUCUGCCAAAGUUGCAUGCUGCCUGGAGUCCCUGGGUGCCAUUUGGCACUGGUUUGGUGUUAGUGUGGCCACCAUAGCAGGAGGACAGGCCUGGUGCUUCUCUUCAGUCCAUGGGUUGGCUGAGGGAGAGGUUAUCUCAUAGCCCAGCUAAUUCAAGAUCCAAGAGCUGCUUGAGACUCUUAUGGAAAAAUUACCUCUGUACCAUGAUUGAAGUCUUAGACAGACGUCUGAAUGCAGUCCCUACAUGGGCUUGUACUAACUGUGAUGAAACCAUACCUAUCUUGUUGAAUUGCAUGCACGAUGAGUUCUCUACUUUAUGGUGUGGUCAGGCUGCAGGAGGCACAGCAAAACAAGUGAGUAAAACAAGCACCUUCUGUUCAACUCAGGAUCAAACAGCAUUUCCUGAGUGCAAAGACUGUGUAAUGCUUCAAUCCAUAAGGAAGAAAACGUAGGUGGAACCAAGCACAAAUGCACAUAAUGCAUCAUGUUCAUUGACAGCCAGCCAGAAAAAAAAAUAAUCAGUGGUUUAUGGUAAUACACUUCUAUUCAAAAUAGGUUUUAUUAAGUUGGCUUAGAAAUGUUAAAAUGGUGGAGCCACAGACAAAAUAUUUGUUACCUUUUGAAAUGAGUUUCAAUGGUUUUGUCAUACUUGUACAAGUAUUAUAAGGUCAGUCUUUCUGUAUGUUUGUUUUACAGCUCGUUGUAGAAUAGUAUUUUAUGCAUAGCUGUUCCACUUGCCUGUGUAAGUUACAAAUUCAACAGAAAUUAAAGCAUGCAUUUUUCUCUGUUUGCUGGUAACCUAUGAGAUUAGAAACUUGUAUUUCUGUGUUUUUAAUGUGUUAUACUAUAAACAAAAUUCACAGCACUAUUGUCUAUGGAAUAUCAGAAAGUUUUAUUAGAAUGAAUUACUUUAAAUGUUUUGUCAUUUGAUUUAAUAAUGUGUCAGACAUCUACACUAAGACAAUAUAAUGUUUAUCAAUAAAAAUAUCCUCUCUUUGUA